GAAGUAGGCUACGGUCCAAGCGAGAUUCAUUUAUUUAUUUGUUCGUAAACAAAUCUGUAUUUCUUGCAACAAAAAAAAACAUUGGCAGUUAGCGUAGAACUAUUUUGCAAAUAUACGGUUAGCUAGAUUUUAAAGAGACAUCUUGCCAUCUCUGUAUACUGGCUUACAAAGUGUCUAGGUUCUGAAAUGUAAUGCUAAACUGCCUUUUCGCCUUCCCAUCAAGAGCCGCUUUCCACCGGAAGCGCAGUUGAGAUAGAAAUCAUUAGCACGGGACGUCUGGAUGGAACAGCAAAUUGGAAUUUUAUCUAGGAGUUUGUAGGGCACGUCUUGGGGCAGUUUGGUAAAGCCACAUAUCCACAGUGGGCGCAGAGCUCUGUUCGAGGCCCUUCAGCCCAUGUGUGAUGAUGUUGUCAUCUGUUUCGGCUGAUCCGAGAGGUGCUCAGCAGCUCCCCGGCUCCACGUCGGUGGGUCCAUGCCCUUCUCUCUCCCAUCUGUACCAUGAACAACUGGCCACUGGGUGCAGAGAGACUAGCAAGGACCAGAGGAAUGUUGUCGAGGAUGGAGGACCUCUGGUGACCAUGACUAUGUCUCACAGACCAGCAGAGAGCAGAGAUAGAGAUGGUAGUCUUGGGAUGGACUCUGGUGUGAGAGAGAGACAGACUCAGGCAGAGUACAGGCAGAGGGCUUUGGGUUCAGUCUCCAGUUUAAGAGGUCCUGUCUAUGGGACUGCAGGCUCUUCCGAUUUCAGAAGAACAGAGACACAAGUGUCAGACCAGGUCCAAGGCACCCAAAGACCCGGCAACAAAGGCAAUGUCUGGGUUCAUCCAAAACAACUAGAGCCUACCUCCCCUCCUCAGGUGUGCCCCUCUGAUCCUACUCCCCCGGCUGGCCCCACGGGAGAGCAGCUGGGGACCCUGAAGCGCUGCCUGGAAGCCCACCAGGCAGAGAUGAAGCGGCUGCUGAAGGGCUCCCUCGGCUCCCUGUGCCAGCGUCUGGAGGUGGUGGAGAGGAGGAUGGAGCAGCUCUGUGAGCAGGGCACCACACAUGGCAGCAGCCUGGCUCUGCUCAGGAUCCAGGUGGGCCAGCUGGCAAGAGGGAUGACUGCUGCUGUCGCCAAACAGGACCUGUCACCUCUCCAUGGUCUGGGAAAGGAACCAAGAGUGCUGAAAGAAGAUGACUUCACCAAGUUGUUACCACACAGUCCUAACCCUUUGUGCAAUAUGGGCUCCUCAGGAGCAGACUUGGACGAGGGGAGUGUCACUGGAUGUCAAUGGAUGAUGACGACAACAUUUUCACCCAGCCACAGUCCGGCCCCGAGCAGUGACCACAAAGAGGGGUUAGGUGGGGAAAUUAAAAGAACAGAGUCAGGCCAGUCCGUAUCCUCCAAGGGAAAAGCUCCCUCUAAGUCGGUCACUGAGGGGUGCAAACAAGGGAACUACUCCCCUGUGUCGGACAUUGAAGAUCUGGACGUGGAGCUGGCAGCCGAGAAGGGGCGGGAUGCUCUUAACUGGUUGGUCAAUUCUGCCCAGGCAGACACAGAGUCUAGUGACAGCCAGGAAGUGCCCCUUCCAUCCCCUUCUCAGAAGGCACAAUCUGGGAACAGGAGAGAGAGUAUAGAGACCCAUCCACACUCUCCUCAUGUACACUUCCCCACUGAAUCCCAAGGCCUGUCCAAAAGCACUGAGGUCCAUAAGUGUCCACUUACGGGUAAGGGUAGGACUAUGGCUGCAUUUCCUGAGGGGGUACAGUCGAGCCCUAUAGGAGCUUUCUCUCUGUCGCCACAUUCCGUUGAAGUUGUAAGGUCAUCUAGGCCUGAGCACACAGGAAGAAUAGCUCCUGCUUCAACUAACAUCCAACUUACGAUCACCAGCCCACCUCGCACUGACCACCCGGCCUACACUCAGUCCUCCAAAGAGGCAGAGAAAGACCAGAAGCCUGAGAGGAAGAGGCGGAACAAGAGGGAAGCGAAGGCACACUCGGUCGAUGAGUUUAACUCUACCGCCACUAAGUCCGUCAAGAGUAGCUUCUCCGCUCAGAUACAGGACCAACCACAGGUUGGUGUGGGCAGGGAGGCAGCUGAGGAGAGGCAGCAGAGUCAACAACACAAGCAGACUCUAAACUUCACAAUACCUCAUCAGCAACACAAUCCAUUGUCCCACGCCCAGCUGAAGUCUCCAGAUGGAGCAUCAUCACUAUCAGGUUCAGUCUUUGCACCCUCUUCCUGGUCCCCUCUGUCCUCCCCACCCAUGUCUGGCUACGUGGACCCUCAGAAGGGCAAACAAGCCACGGAUCGAUCCUUCCUGCACUUCCACUCUUCCAGCCCCUCUCUAGACUCCUCCGUAGACUCCAAGCUCUCCUCUCCCCGAAAUGGCUCUUCUAAAUCUCUCAUGGUUGGUGUUAGAUCCAUUCACCCCCAAGGCCAGGCCCUCCUACUCCAGCUGUCGGACACAGCCAGCCAGCUUGUACCUUCCAGCCCAUCCCCGGAGCUCCCCUCACCCCCGGAUGGUGGUCAAAGUAGAUGGGGGAACAUCCCGUGCGUCUUCAACUCCAAGCUCAAGAACCACUGGAAUAAGGACCGGUCCUCCUGUAAGAAGCGGCCCCUGAAAGGCGUUCGCAGCACGAGUGGUGCUCUAGCCAUGUCUCUCCCGGAGCUGGAGGAGGAGACGUCGCAGCACCACUGGCAGCCCCUGGUGAUUCUGGGCAGCCCAGUCUUGCCUCUGUCCCCCCUGCAGCUAGGGCCCCUAGCCCAGACCUUCUCCUCCUUAUGCUGUAGCAGCAAGGCCCUGGACAGAAACUCUUCUACCCUGCAGCACGGCCUCUUCCAUGCCACAGGCCAGUUCCCCAUGUCCCUCUUCAGCCAGAUGGGCUUCUCCAAGUUCUCCAAGGCGGGUCUGAGCACCGUGCUGGCUGCAUCCUCCCCCGCCUCCUUCCGCCACUGGUUCAGACACAAAUGCCCCAUGCCCCUCAUGAGGUUAUCGGCCACAGCGGUGGAGACGGUGAUGUGUCAGAUUAUAGAGUCACAGAAGAAGUACAUGUAUCCUCCCCUCAAGGACUACACAGGCCCUCCUGGCCUGGACAAUGACCACAGUUAUGCUCAAUCGUGCAGUCAAGAAGCUACCUCUGUCAGAAUAUCUAGCACAGCAAGCAGUACGUCUCUCACCUUCUCACCGACAAGGCGACGUUGGGUCAGACUCCCCCCAGAGCGGGCCCUUUCCAGCCCCAAAACCAGUCAUAGCCACAGCCCCAAGACCAUGCGUCUGGAUAACCAGCCCGAGCCUGUGCCCAGCUUUGCCAUCGCCAGUGCCAACGUCAAAUACCCUGGUCUGCAUGGCCGCAGCCCAACCAGAGAGGGUGGUCUGUAUGAUGCGAGUGUGGGAACCCAGCCAUGCCAGCGCUCCAAGAGGGUAUCCCAGAUCCGCAUUCGGAAGACUGUUCCCAAACCAGACAACAACCUCACUCCCAUGGGCCUGCCCAAACCAAAGAGGCUGAAGAAGAAGGAGUUCAGCUUGGAGGAGAUUUACACCAACAAGAAUUACAAAUCACCCACUCCCAACAGGAGCCUGGAGACCAUCUUCGAGGAGCCCAAGGAGAAGAACGGAUCUCUGGUCUGCAUUGGCCACCAGAAGAGGAAGCGUGUACUGGACUUCCCCGACUUCACAUUGCCGCGCAAACGCAAAGUCCGGGCCAACAUGGCUCCCCUGCGCAUAAAGGGCCCCAGGGGGCGUGGUCGGCGGGGGAGGCCUGACGAUGCCGACCUGGAUGUCAUGCUCAUCGAGAGGCUGAGCGAGCUGGAAGACUUCUUCACCCGCCAAGGCCUGGAGGACUGAGCAGUCCCACAAUACCCCCUAUUUCACAUCCAAAUACAAACUCUAACAAAUGGUACCCUAUUCAUCAUAGUGCUCUACUUUUGACCCAAGCCCAUCAGGUCAAAGUAGCAUAUUAUAGAGUGAACAAGUUAUCAUUUGUGACAUGCUACACACAUGCAUUGCAUAUGGUUCAUCAUUCUCAGUUUUUGGACAGCUUGUUUUGUAAAUUGAUUGGGCUUAUGAAACUGGAUUUUAAUAAUUAGAUCAUGUUAAGAGAUUUCUAUGAUCGUGUUAGGUUUUUCUACUUCGGGGCCCCUGAAAUGCCUAUUCAGAUGAUUUGUUUCAGAACUGGCAGACUUUGAAGUGCUAGAAAAAAUUGACUUAAUGUGUGCCUUUUAUGGAAAUUUAAACUCAAUCCAGCAAAGAGAGGAUUUUUAUGAUAUAUAAUGAAUAGUGGUUGAACAAUUACUACUACUACUACUACUACUUACUUCUUAGGAACUAUAAUUGAACCUGUGAUAACAGAAUUGUGGAUGCUCAUACUUGGAUGUGUGCGUUCGUACACACACAUGGAACUUUCGCAUGUGAACACAUGGAAGACAAGUUUGACAACUCAUACCUGAGCACUUUCCCUCUUACCUCAUUCAGAUUUCUCAUCAACUCAUUCAUUAAAUUGUUGUUUUGAACGGGACCUUGUGAGGACACAACCGUUUCUGACAGAGUCAACGGUAUAUGUGCAGCUUUACUCCCCUGAUGACAGCCUCACUGCUAGCCUGGCCUUAGGAAUGGAGGUAACUGACCAACUGGAUUGGUGCCCCAUGUCUCUCUACCUCUUCAUGCAUUGUUGGGAAAGAUGCUACAUGUGGGGGCAUCAGUUCAGUACAUCUCCCUGAUAACCCGACUGGGAUCUAGAUGAUGAGUUCCCAUCCUGAAUCCUAGUGAAACAAUACAUGUAUUUUACAGUAUUUGUAAAGAAAAGGAAAAGUCCAUGAUUAACAGUCUUUUUCACUUGAUGUACAUCAUCUGAUGUGCGAACACAAUUUGAUACAUGUGUGAAAAUUUCAUUUUCCUAUAGAUGGUAUAUUAUCUCUACUUCAGUCUUGAGGACCUAGAUCAGGACUGGACAAACUAUGAGCCCAUGGGAUGUUUGAGAAAUACAAGUUUAAAGUAAAAAUGAUUAUUUUGGGUUAGAUAAAAUACUCAAGGCCACUCUUGGUCAUUUAAAUCUAGAUGGUAUGUAGAAAUUAUAAUGGGCCUAUAUUUUUUUUUCUGGACCGCAAAUUGAUUUUAACAAACCCGUCCGUCCCCCAAAAAAUCUGUGCGGCCCUCCAUUGAAUUUCAAAAUCCUGAUGUGGCCCUGAAGACCAAAAGUUUGCCUUUCCCUGACCUAGCUACACAGUCGUACUACGGGGCCAUUUUGGGUUGAAAGGCCUCAAGUCCCUUGGCUCACUGUAAAGGACUCAGUACCUAUGGAAAUGGUCAUUUGGUAGAAAUGGACCUAAUCUUUGAUCACAAACUGGAUUUUUUCUUUUUGCAGUUUCUUUCUGUGGAUUGAUUUUCCUUUUUGGUGCAUCAUUUUUCUUUGGACAUAUGAAAUAUGCAACAUCUUUGUUUAGAUUUUUUUGUAGGCAGCCCCUUUUUUGUUUAAACUGUCAGACUUCAAACUCCUCUGCAUAGGGACUCUUGACACCAUUGACCAUGUCUGUCUCCCAGUAUUCUAAUGCUGGAUGGUCACAGGUUAGGGUUAUUCAAUUGUCUGGCUGUGAUAUGGCCUCAUCUUCUAAUAGCUGCUGAACAUUUCUAGGGACAGGAUUUUUCCUGAACAUGUGUCCUGGAAAAACUCUGGGCCCUAGUUAUCUCAAUUGCAUACUCCUUGUGUCCUCUCUCCUUUUCAAAACCCAUUGGAUGAGAGAGCCAGAGGUCCCUUCCCUCUGACCUCCAAUGGGUUUUAAGAAGUGGACAAUGUGAGGCAUUUUCAAUUGAGAUCUUCCCACAGAAUCUUUCAGGUGGUCACAUGGUCAGGAAAAACUCCUGGCUCUAACCAUUUUCCAAUGGAUAAGAAUGUGUUUGAGGAUUACAAGUAAUGUGCACUGAGUGAUCCUGUGCUUGGAUAAGUGAGUGUGGGCUGCGUGCCUGUAGAUAUUGUCCUAAUUCCUAUUGCUGCUAAACCACCUACCUAGUAUAUUAUAUUGCAAAAAUGUAUAUUAUAGAUGUUAAAGUUCAGAAUGGAUUUUUUUGUUUUGUUAUUUAAAAACUUUUAAAAUUUUAAAAUAAAAUCCAUAAAAUCCACAUCAGUCCAUGCCACAUGAUGUGGAGCAAAAUAUGGAUCCACUAACUGGUCUGUCUUACAACAGCAUUUACCCAUCUUCUCUUUGAGUGUGCAGCAAUCUUGCAUGUAAAAGUUAAAUCAGGCCUGUAAAUAGGUCCAUUAAAAACUCUGAUGCCUUAGAUUGGAAGACCUAGCUUGGUUGCCCGAUCUGUUUCUAAACUUCUAGCAUUGUCAUACCAAACAGCCUGUCCUUAUUGCAAUCUCAUUUUUACAUUGAAUAAUGACUGUGGAGAUAAGUUUCUGCUUUAACAAAAUCCUUAUCUAGGAACCAGCAAUGAAAUAGUUGUAGUGUUCAAUUCAUUACCAUAAUUCUCAUCAUGCAUUAUUUUUAAAUCAUGACCAUUUAUUGUGGAACACUCAUUUGAAGUGAAUACUUUGUCUAUCUGGGGUCAAUCAUCAUUACAUAUCAGGUCUUUGUUUGGAAUCAAGUGGAAGCAUUCAGCUCAGCAUCAGCACACAUUGACAUAAUCCUUUCAUGAAUUGUUCAGAACAAUUUUUCAAGUGUCAUUACCUGACUGAUUUAAUGGGGUUUGCAUUUAACACCCAAGUAUUCCACUGUUCAAACUUGUCCAUAACUUAUACAGUGUUCUGCCAUUAUAAAAAAAAAAUCUGGAGGUUUUUUUUUUAUGUCAUUUUCUCUUGUAUUUUUUUGUAAGUGUAUAGAUACUUUCUAAGAGAGCCUUCAUGCAGAUUGCAAUCUUUGUUUAUAUACUCCUCCACUGCCCUGGACCUAUUUGCUAGUGUGGCAAAAGUCUGCACAUAUUUACUCCCAAAGAGCCAGACCCUGUGAAGUGUUCUAGUGCCCCUUCUCUUCCUCACUCUGACCUCUGCUCUUGAGGCCAGACAUGGAAUGGUAGAAAAAUGUGACGUGAGUGAUGUGAAAUCUUUUUUCUUUUAAUUUGACAAUAACAGGAUUAUUUAGUUUACACUGGUGUGUAGUGGAAAACGUGACACAUUUUGGGAACCCCCAUGUCUGAAAAUAAAACUUUAUAUUGCUUUUUAA